CAUCACAUCUCUACUUCCAAGUAUACUUCAGCAGCCGGUGAGAACUCUCACUUACUACAGCUUGCGGAAUGGGAAGAGGAAAACCGUGAAAGCUGUCACCGAUAGGUUUCUCCGGCUGCACAAUGGCCUUUGGGUUAGGAGAAAGGCUGGUUAUAAGAAGAAACUGUGGAAGAAGUCAACUGCCCAGAAGAAGCGUUUGAGAGAGCUGGUGCUGUGCACUAGAACGCAAUGUAAACUCCUUGAUAAAAUGACCACUUCCUUCUGGAAAAGAAGGAAUUGGUAUGUUGAUGAUCCCUACCAGAAGUAUCACGAUCGCACGAAUCUUCGUGUGUAG